AUGUACUGUCUAAGAAAGAAAGGUCUCUUGGAGCUUGAAGGCCAUCUUCCAGCUAAUUUGACAGUGGACCAUGAAAUGUAUUUUGUAGAAUGUGUUGACUUUGCCAAAUCCUUCAUCCGACUGUAUAUCAAAGAGGAUGAUGAAUUAUUCAAAGUGCUCUUGCAUCUGCCUUGUGUACCUUGUUGUGCAGACAGGAUGAAAAGGAAAAGGUUGCAUUGUAGGAUUCGAAUGGCAAUUUACUUUUCCGUGUCUCAGAUCUUUUCAAUCCUAUACUCUUGUUCCAUCUUUUCCAAUUAG